AAUCCCCACUGCCAUUCACCUCCGCCUCUUCCCACCCCUAUUCAAGAAGCCACGGCAAGAAGGAAAGAUCCAAGGUCCAUUUCGUGUCUCCAUCACUUGAAUCCAAUAUCCAUGGAGUCUUCUCCCAUCGACUCGUCAUCUAACGCAUCCUCUGGAUUGUCCUCUUCGACUUCCUCUCCUCCUCACUCUGACCGCGAUCACCAGCAGAUAACGCUUACAGUAACGCAGUUGGAGCAGCUCAAGGUGGAGGAAAAGGUUUCUGAAAUCUACCGUAUUCUUUCAGGCGCACCCACCCAUACACAAACCCUCAUGCUUGAGCUUUGGCGUGACAAACAUAUUGAAUUCUUGACAAGAGGACUUAAUCAACUGGGGCCAACAUACCGUGUCUUAGAUGCCAAUCGGCCUUGGUUGUGUUACUGGAUUAUUCAUUCUAUGGCUUUAUUGAGGGAAUCACUUGAUAUAGAGCUUGAGAAUAAUGCUGUGGACUUUUUAUCUCGAUGCAAGGAUAUAAAUGGUGGAUAUGGUGGUGGACCCGGCCAGUUGCCUCAUCUUGCAACAACAUAUGCUGCAGUGAACACACUUGUUACUCUGGGGAGCAAUUCAGCACUUCUUUCAAUAAAUAGAGAGGCACUGCGCGAGUUUUUACUUCGAAUGAAAGAUUUUUGUGGAGCUUUCAGGCAUGUUUCCUCAUCUUUUGUUAAACAAACGAUUUUUCAGUUGCUAAAUCUAUGUUCAUAAUCUUGCAACAGAA